AUGUCCUGCAUCACGUUGGCAAAUAUGCGGAAAGGCGUGCUGCUGCACAAGCUAAUCUUGCUCGAGCUCAUCCUCGGGUAUUGGCAAGGCUUUUUCAUUUUGUUCAACCCGCCUGUGUACGCCUGGUGGCUCUCCAUUGCCGCCAUUCCGCUCAACAUCUCAUGGUGGUUGCAUAAUGUAAUCGCUUGGAUGAAGCUGAGGCCUUUCCUCAACAAAACUGUCAGUCGACUUUUCAUCGGCACCGUGAUUUUGGUGAUCCCGUAUUGGGUUGUCGAGAUAUACGCCAACUUCACCUAUUUUCACAAUGUCAAUAAGGUCUUCCUGAAGACACGGCCGUGGGAAGCACUAUGUCGGGAUCCUUGGUGGAUACUGGCGGCCUGCCUCCUGAUAUACAACAUCAAGACCAAAUACGACCUGACUAUCACCCAAAUUGUUCGCAUUUCACCUCGCUUUGCUGUUAUGCUGGGUGCCAUGGUCCUCAGCAUAUGUUUUAUAAUUCUGGACGUACUCUCCGUUACCUCGGCCCUGAAGUCUGUGUUACCGGUGGGCAUCAACCCAUUCUGGAAGCUGUCCUUUGUUUUCAAGUGUUUGACCGACUCGGUUGUCUUGGACGAUUUCAAAACAGCUUUGGACCGAUUGAGGGCAUUCAAAAUGAGCCGGCUUGGCAGUUUUGCAAUGGAUGCUGGAGACUAUCGCAACAAGAAGCACAAGGAGGAUGUGAAUAGCGCCAACAACUGGACCAUGCCGCCUCCGCCACCAAAUGGGGAUAGACCUCAACCCGUUGCCCCUCUGCCGACGAUGCCUAGUCCUGACAGUGACUAUAUCAAGCCUCGGUGGGAGGAUCUGAAAGACGGACGCUCCGCCCAUCUGGAAAACAAGAACCUCGCAGAUGUUGCUCGGAACGGCUCGAGAGAUCGCGACCCAGAGGUGAACCCUUUCAAUGCGAUAGACUACGCCGACCCUCAACGAGAGUCCAGUGACACUCAAAUGCUCAAAGCGCAAACCAGCUGGCUCCAAAGACGGUCCUCUGAAGAAACUUCCGACGCGGAUAUAGAGUAUGCCAUGGCUGUCCGGUCGAUGACCAAUGAUUCUACGGAACAACAGCGUAAUAGAAGCAAAUCAAUAGGGGUGGCCAAGUAA